AUGAACCCCUUUGAAGUUUUCUCUAAUAAGCGAUUUGAGCAAUACGGGAGAAUAGAAGAUCUGGGCAAUGCUAUCGAGCAUUAUCGUGCUUCACUGGAACUCGUCCCUGACGGGCAUCCAGAUCGUUCCACGUCUCUCACUAACCUUGCCGCUACCCUUCAGACUCGCUUUAAGCAGCAUGGACGGACCGCAGACCUUGAGGAAGCCAUCGAACGUCAUCGCGCUGCCCUACAACUUCGCCCUGAUGGCCAUCCGGAUCGUUCCUUGUCUCUCGAUAACCUUGCGAAUUCCCUUCAAACUCGGUUUGAGCAGCAUGGACAAUGUGAGGACCUUGAUGAGGCCCUCAAACAUCAUCGUGCUGCCCUGCAGCUUCGCCCCAAUAACCAUCCCGAUCGUCCUGUGUCUCUCAAUAACCUAGCAAAUUCCCUUCAAUCUCGCUUUGAACAGCAUGGACGGACUGCAGACCUCAAGGAGGCCAUCGAGUGUCAUCGCGCUGCCGUGCAACUUUGUCCCGACGACCAUCCUAGAUGUCCCAUGUCUCUCAAUAAUUUCGCAACUUCUCUGGCAAUUCGAUUUCAACAGCAUGGGCAGACUAGGGAACUCAACGAGGCUAUCAAGCACCUUCGCUUUGCCUUGCAACUUUGCCCCGAUGGCCAUCCCGAUCGCUCUACUUCUCUCAAUAACCUUGCAGCUGCCCUUCAAAUUCGAUUUAGAGAACAUGGACAGACUACAGACCUUGAUGAAUCCAUUAAGCAUCACCGUGCUGCGCUGGAGCUUUUCCCUGACAGUCAUCCUAAUCGCUCCGCAUCUCUCAACAACCUCGCAUAUGCCCUUCAAACCCGAUUUGAGCAGCUUGGACAGACUGCAGACCUUGAUGAGGCUAUCGAUCGUCAUCGAGCCGCCUUGCAACUUCGCCCCAAUGGCCACCCAAGUCGUUCCACGUCUCUCAAUAACCUCGCGAAUUCCCUUCAAGCUCGAUUCGAACAACGUGGAUGGACUGCAGACCUUGAUGAGGCCAUAGAGCAUCUUCGUACUGCCGUGCUACUUUGCACCGAUAGCCAUCCCAACCCUUCCGCGGCUCUCAACAACCUCGCGACUUGCCUCCAAACUCGAUUCGAACAAUACGGACAGACUGCAGACCUCGAUGAGGCUAUCAAGUUCCAUCGUACGGCCCUGCAACUUCGUCCUGACGGUCAUCCCAAUCGUUCCACAUCUCUCAAUAACCUUGCAACUUCCCUUCGAACCCGCUUUGAACAGUAUGGACAAACUGUAGACCUCGAUGAGGCCAUCAAACAUCAUCAUGCUGCUCUACAACUUCGUCCCAACGACCAUCCCGAUCGUUCAAUGUCCCUGGAUAACCUUGCCUCUUCCCUGACAGCUCGAUUUCAACAGCACGGACGGAUUUCAGACCUUGAAGAGGCCAUCAAGCAUCAUUGCACUGCCCUUCAACAUCGCCCCGAUGGUCAUCCGGAUCGUUCCAUGUCUCUCAAUAACCUCGCAACUUCCCUUCAAACUUGGCUUGAUACGUAUGGCCAGACUGCGGACCUCGAUGAGGCCACCAAUCAUUAUUGUGCUGCCCUACAGCAUUUCCCUGACGGUCACCCCAAUCGCUCCGCAUCUCUUAAUAACCUCGCGGCUUCUCUUUAG